AAAAGGAGAGGCUCAGCCUGCCUGCGCUUCUCAUGCACAACCUCACAGUUAGCCACAGUUAGGUUCCAAGCAUGCAUGUAUCAUGCUUCGACCCACUGCGAUCCUGGCAAAAGCAGCCCACCGUGCCAGAAGACAAACAACCCGCCCGACGUCUACCCACCUCCCCCAAACACUCUGUCCAGUCUCAGUCCCGGUCACCCUGCCCGUCCGCCGGUGAUACCAUGUCAUCCACCCACCGCGCCGGUCACAAACUUCACUCGAUCGUCCUGCCAUGGAUUGAAAGUCGUGGAGUCCUCGACCGGCAGAGCCGACCUAGAAAAGCGUCCCCACUGCCUCGACCCGACUUGAAGCGAUGGGGAUUGUCCUAGACCUACCCACAAAUCCACCGACCUAUUCUCAUUUGCAAAAAGGGCAUCCCGAGUCCCAAAUCCAUAGAGGGACACACUGCGUAGCGGCGACGAGAGAGUAGUUGCGAAGAAACCUCCCUCUACAGAUUGCAACCCAGCCAUUGAUUGCAACCCCUCUAAUGUCCUCUCCUGAUAUCCCCGUCCUACCGAGAACCCACUGCUGAAAAAGAUACAAGUGGAAGCGUCUCCACGUGGUUGUCCAAACUCCUUGCAACUCACUCCAGGAUCUUCAACUAAUCCCAUGGCCCUGACGAGAUUGCUGUCGCGCUACUGCAAGUAGAACGCUGCCAGACGGGCAUCUGUUCCAUGACCAAACGCGAUCGAUCCUACCCCAACCCUGAGGUGUCGAACCAGACCACCGAAAGUCUCUACGAACUCGGACUCCUCAAUCGUCCUCGAACACGGUCUCGCUCCAGCACAGCUGAAUCCAAGGCGGCGCACUACCAGCAUCCGCGAGGUCGUCACGACGGCUACCCUCCUCGCGCGAGCUCUUCGCUGAGCGGCGCCGCCCCAAAUCCCAGCUUCAAGCAAUCCAGCAUCUCCUCCGGCACACUAUUGGGGAGGCCGCAUACUCCCAACGAAGGCCGACCGCGCACCAGGGACCAGCGUCUUCCUCCUUCGCCGACCGCGAGUGUCCCGGGCGCGGGGCAUCCUAUGGCUGGCAUGCUCGAUACCGAUCGCGCACGCUCACGACGCGAGAGAACGUUUGUGGGCGUAGAAUGUGCUGCGUGCGAAGAGCCAUUGGAGCAUACCCUGAGAGGGGAGAGGGUACUCCAGUUCUCCUGCGGGCAUGUGGCACAUGAAGCUUGCUUUUACGAGUACAUUCGCGAGGCCGAUUCACAGUACUGCCCAACAUGUGACGCUCCUCUAGGCUUGGAUUCUUUUCGAGGUGGCAGCAUAUUAGACCUCAGCAAGUUGAGCAACAUGGUCCGAGCUGUGGCCCAAAAGGACAUAACCUCGCCAAGAAGCACCCAGACCACCCCCAUGCCGUGGGACAAACAGGAGGAUUCCUAUAGCUCUCGAGAUGUGCCUCAGCGACACAGCCGCGACAAUUCCAACCGAGAUAGUCGAGACAGUCAACGGUUACGUAUUGAGCGCUUGGGCAUUGGACAGGCACAAUCCCAGCCAGCAACGAGCACGAAACAUGCCCGAACGGACAGUGGCGGCAACGCCUCGUCUGAUUAUACCCAUGACCAUGGCAGCCAACCUUCCCGAAAACAUGAUUACGACCUUCACGCCAUGGAGACAUCUGUGCCUGGCGCAGCCAUCAAGGACACGAAGCAGUCUAUCCCGGCGCCAAUCGUGACCGUGCGCAGCGAAUAUCCGACACUGACUCGUUCUCAGCAGCAACAGAGUCUAACGUGUCUGGUGACGAUUGAGGUUCCGGAAGGCAAAUGGCAGCAACAUCUGGAUGAGGUCCAUAAUACACCUCCAGUGCCGCCGCUGCCGACUGACUCGGGCAUUGGCAUGCCGCCAAGACACCGACACGAACCGCCGCACGAGCUUGAUGUCUAUGAAUCUCCCGAAGUGCUGGAACAGAUCACAGAAGAGCUCCAAAUGCGUGUGGACAACUGGCACGGACUUGAGUUCCAGAGGUUUGGCAAUUUGCGUCUGCACGGCGUCAUCCGUGUCGGAAAGGACCGCCAUUCGUGGCAGGAGCUGGAAUGCUACCUCUUCGGCGAGAUGCUCAUAUGCGUCAAGGAGAAGAAGAAUGCGCCCCCCAUCAUCAUGGACUCCGGUCGGAAGCUGACGCGGUGUACGCUGAAGGGUUCUAUCCUGAUCAGAAAACACCUGAGGCAAGUGCAUGCCUCUCCGGACGAAAACAUUCUCACUCUGAAUCUGUCCGUGGCUGAAUUACCGACGUUCCAUCUGCUUUUCCAGGACCGAGAGAAGCUGCACCUCUGGCAACGAGCCUUGCGCAACCUACAUUCGAGUGAUUCAUCUAUUCGUUACCCAGAAUACGAACAGGACACGUCGGGUACGGAUGAAGAGGAAUACAGCCGGCAGCAAAGGAGUGUCCGGCGCGUGCCUUCUAUCACGUCUUCGUACGGUGGCCCCAAAUCAGCCACCACCGCCGCCACAGAGUAUUCGAUGCACAAAGCUCCCCUCGAUACCCGAGUGCCUUCCUCUUUACACAUCCCUGUUGACGUGGUUGUGGUCAUCCCCGUGUCUUCUUCAAUGCAAGGCCUGAAGAUCAAACUGCUGAGAGAUACCCUUCGCUUCCUGGUAUCCAAUCUCGGUGAGCGCGACCGGAUGGGCCUCGUCACGUUUGGCUCAAGUGGUGGGGGCGUGCCACUGGUAGGAAUGACGACCAAGACCUGGUCGGGUUGGAAUAAAGUCUUGAGUUCAAUCCGGCCGGUUGGGCAAAAGAGUUUGCGGGCGGACGUGGUGGAAGGCGCCAAUGUGGCCAUGGACCUGCUGAUGCAGCGCCGAGCAGCCAAUCCCAUCUCGACCAUUCUCUUGAUUAGCGACUCGUCAACUUCAGAGAGUGACAGUGUGGAUUUUGUUGUUCAAAGGGCUGAAGCUGCAAAGGUUGGGAUCUAUUCCUUCGGCCUCGGGUUGACGCAUAAGCCGGAGAGCAUGAUCGAGCUCUCGAGCCGCACGAAAGCCUCAUAUCUCUAUGUCAAGGACUGGAUGAUGCUGAGAGAGUGCGCUGCCGGUGUCCUCGGAGCACUUCAAUCGAUAUCGCACCAAAAUGUCAAGCUGAAGCUGAAGCUUCCCGAAGGUUCACCGGCCAAAUUUGUCAAGAUAAAUGGCGCUCUGCAAACAACCAAGAGGGCGAGCGGACGAGAUGCCGAGGCGACCUUGGGGGAUCUCCGGUUUGGCGACAAGCGAGAUAUCCUGGUGCAACUGGCCAUUGAUCCAGACACGACUACGCAAGAAGCCGCCCCGCAGGAUCCAUGGGAGUCGAUAGUCUCAGGCCUGGAAGCGCUGGGCGGUUCCUUGGACAAUGAUGAUCAGCGUCCGCAAAGCGUGGAGGAACUCCCUCUUAUUCAAGCCGAUCUGUCUUUCGGCGAUCUUCUGCGAGAAGGCUCCAUCACCCAGCUCGCGCGACCGUCUUUGUUAACCAUUACAAUGCUCCCUCAGAGCCAACGAUCCCGGCAAAACGGCAGACCACCUACACCACCCAUUCCUCCUCAUCCCUCUAUCGUGCAGCGGCGGAUGGAGCUGCUGACAUCCGACAUGCUGAGCCGGGCUCUUACACUUGUGGCACGUGGCCAACAUGAACGAGCACAUCAUUUAUUGAACGAGACCCGGACGAUCCUCAAAGGCCUGGGCAAAGGAGGACUGCCUCCUCUACCUCCUGGGGCCAGCCAUCUUCCAACCAACAAACGCCACACCCCUCCAGGAAAGUCAGCGAGUCCUCGAGCGGGAUCACCAGAGCAGACUCGUGAUCGUAGUCCGCAUUCAGAAACAAGCACCCCCAUUCCGCGCACUACGGGCGUCGACCACACUGUGAUGAAUGCCCUUGAUGCCGAUAUUGAAGCCAGCUUGGAAUGGAUCAAUCACCCGGCCGUCUUCACCCGUGAUGCCCGCAAAGCUGUGCUGCAAGCCAUUGGAGUGAUUUCCUCCCAACGAGCCUACACCUUCCGCACCGCCUCGGAAUCUAUUUGGGCCGAAAGGAUACCAGGAGUGAAACGAUUGACCGAAUUAGCCAGAGAAUGGAGGGAAGCCGCAGACGAUGCGUUGACCGAAGAAUAAUGAAUUGUAUUUACGACACAAUCUCGUGGCGUUUAGACCGGUUCUGGGGCUUUUGGGUGCACAUCUUUCGAUCAGUUCAGAUUCGUCCUGUUUUCAGCAAGCAGCGGAUUAUGGGUUGGAUGAUUAUCUUCCGGCAUGAGGAGCCCAGCGAGAUUGUGGCGUCACUGUUGUAUUUGAAUACCCCUGCAGUGCGUGCUUUUCCAGAGGGACUUGACGAUUGGUUGUCUGAAAAGCAGUUCAUAGAAGAAUCCAUGCGCACGGCGAGCUACUAGUUAAUGCUGCCUCAAUACAGGUAUCUGGUAUCUACAGUACUAUAAUUUAUUUGGAGUUGUCGUGCCAGUGGCAGUGAAUGCCCUGGUGAAGGUAACAUUGAAGUUGACGGUG